AUGAUUAACAAAGAAUGUGAUCUGUUCAACAAUAUCAGCCACGAGUUCUUCAACAGAGACACAUACAGACUGUUUAUCAACCUCCUUGACAACUACGACCCCAAUGUGCAUGUGAAGGAGACUCUGACGGCGAGCCAGAGGCGUGAAACCGAGGCUUUCCUCGAUGGCAUUGUAGCUACGGACACAAUGUCCAUCCUUCGUGAAUAUCUAGCGCAGCGAGGAGUGAUUACAGACACAAACAACGGCUUAAAGAACCUGCUGAAAACACUUUGGUUUGACCUUUACCCUCGAAGGUCACGUGGUGUGGUGAGCAGCAGUGGGUUUGAACACGUGAUGGUUGGGGAACUACAAGGGAACAGAGUGACGGGCUUCCAUAACUGGAUACAGCUGUACAUGGAAGAACAGCAGGGUCGCUUAAACUAUGAAGGAUACUUGACCAAGCUGGAGCCGUAUGUCCUCUCGGCCCGGUUUACGUGGAAAGGAAGACGGAAGAAUGUCGGCACCAUGUUUGUAGGCGUGUCCCCCGAGUUCGAUAUUGCCGUGUACACCUUGUGCAUUGCUUUACGUCCUGGGGGAGCCUGUCGGUUCAACUUUAGGGGACACCAAAUAAAAAUCCAAACCUAUGACAAUGCCAAUGUACCAGGACUCCAAGUAGCUACUGCCUUCAUUAGAACGUGAUUGCUCUAUUUUGGUUCCUUGUUUUGAGCUAUAGUUGCAGAUUUCGAAAUACCCUGCCGGGCAAAUUAUUAUAUUUUUUAUAUUUGACAAAACAUUACAAGGCAGAAAAAAGGUCGAAACUUGCUUGGUCCAAGCUCCAAAAAACAACCGUGAGACCCGCAUGAAACACAUCACCAUUGAAUUAACAUUUUAUGUCAGUUUCGAAAUCCUGGUGUUAUCAUUGAUUUUUAGUGAUCCAUUUAUAAAAUGUUCACAUCAGUUUUUUACUUUACACCAAACCUUAUGUUUUUGAGGAUAGACAAGACUGGAUGUUAUAUAUAUUUGAGGGACCAUCAAGCACGGAUGUAUAUUUCUUUAUGGUCUGUAAAGAAGUAAAUCUGGGUCAGGCAAACCAGAGCUUGAUAUCAACAUGCCUCAUAUCAUAUCCGGGUGCGCUGACAUGCAAGCAACCAAUGGCAGGUCACGGAUGUUAUUAUAGGAUUCCAGUGUUUGUAAUGCCGCAUGGAAACACUUCUUCAAAGACAUUUCAUCUCAAAAAAGCGAUCAAAAUGUCUUACUCUCUUUCCCUUUCUUUCUAAUAAUAGUUUUUAUAGCGUUCAUGCAGCCUUUGAGAAGGUCCGUGUAUACGAAUCAUAUGAAGUCACGGAUCAUAUCGUUGUCGCCUCUUCAUUUGUGACGAAUACGUUGAAUCCGAUCAGGAUUAUUUAUAUAUGUAAU